AUGAUGCUAAAGACAUUUACGGGUUUGGAGAAAUCAGAGAUGUCCUAUAAAUCACCAGAUAAAUGGGUCUGGAGUGCAGGAAAACAAACUAAAUUGGAGAUCUAUAUCGGGAUAUCAUUAGCAUUUUGGAAAUUGCUGAAGUCUUGGUUGCGGAUGAGCUCAAGUAGCCUGAGUGCCAGAGGUCUGCUAAGCCAGUCGGUGAUUUCUUCAACAGAGAAGCUCCCCUCCAGAGUCUCUAAACAUUUGAGGCUCACACCUGUUCCCUUAGUGGAUGAGAUGACCUCAUCGGCUCUGGUCAAUAUAAAUCCCUUUACCCCAGAAUCCUAUAGAAAACAAUUCCUUCAAUCCAAUGGCAAGAGGAAAACCCGAGGAGAUCUUGAGGAAGCUGGUCCAGGGGAAGGCAAUGUAGAACAAGGGCUACCUGCCAAGAGGUGUGUUCUACGAGAAACCAACAUGGCUUCCCGCUAUGAAAAAGAAUUCUUGGAGGUAGAAAAAAUUGGAGUUGGGGAAUUUGGUACAGUCUACAAGUGUAUUAAGAGGCUGGAUGGAUGUGUUUAUGCAAUAAAACGUUCCACAAAACCUUUUGCAGGAUUAUCGAAUGAGAAUUUGGCUUUGCAUGAAGUUUAUGCUCAUGCAGUCCUUGGGCACCACCCGCAUGUGGUACGUUACUACUCUGCAUGGGCAGAAGAUGACCACAUGAUCAUUCAGAAUGAAUACUGCAAUGGUGGGAGCUUGCAGACUGUUAUAUCUGAAAACACAAAGUCUGGCAAUCCUUUCCAGGAGUGGAAACUCAAGGACAUCCUUCUGCAGAUUUCCCUUGGGCUUAAGUACAUCCACAACUCUGGCGUGGUGCACCUGGACAUCAAACCCAGUAACAUCUUCAUUUGUCAUAAGAUGCAAAGUGGCUCUCCUGUAGUCCCAGAAGAGAUUGAAAAUGAAGCUGAUUGGUUUCUCUCUGCCAAUGUGAUGUAUAAAAUUGGUGACUUGGGUCAUGUGACAUCGAUAAGCAAACCAAAAGUGGAGGAGGGAGAUAGUCGCUUCCUGGCUAAUGAGAUUUUACAAGAGGAUUAUCAGCACCUUCCCAAAGCAGACAUAUUUGCCUUGGGAUUAACAAUUGCAGUGGCUGCGGGAGCAGAGUCCUUACCCACCAAUGGCGCCGCAUGGCAUCAUAUUCGUGAGGGGAACCUUCCCAACAUUCCUCAGAAGCUCUCAGAAGAAUUUUACAAUCUACUCAAGAGCAUGAUCCACCCUGACCCAAGGGAGAGACCUUCUGCAGCAGCUCUGGCCAGAAGUCGAGUUCUCCGGCCCUCCCUUGGGAAAGCAGAAGAGCUCCAGCAGCAGCUUAAUUUGGAAAAGUUCAAGACCGCCACACUGGAAAGGGAACUGAGAGAAGCUCAGCAGGCCCGGUCUUCCCAGGAAGAGCAUGGUGAUGCUGGGGUCUCUGGGACCCCCACAGGAUCAAGAAGCACCAAACGCCUGGUGGGAGGAAAAAGUGCAAAAUCUUCAUGCUUCAGCUGGGGGGAGUCUUCCCCAUAAGAACUCAGUUCACACCAACCCCCCUUUUGCCUUAUAGCUUCCAGAAAGAGAUAUUGACUGUGUCAGACUUCCUCUUGUAAAGGGGAAGAUUAAGCAAUGAGUGCCCAAAGAAUUCAAAAACUACUCCUAAUUUAGCAUUGACAACCAAGAUAGUCAAGCUAUUAAGGCCUCGUAUUAGCAACGGUCCCAGGUACAAUCACUGGCAGCCAUUUCUCUUCUCUUGUUAUAUUCUUAAGGCUACCUAUCAACAGUUUGUUUACUUCUCACACUCACUGAUGUACAAUGGGAAAGCAGGUAUCUCUGAACUCAAAGAAGAGAAAGCAGCACCCUAGGCACAGCCCAUGGACUAGGAGGCUGCUGUAGCUGAUUGCCUACCAAGGAAUAGGGACUCUCCCUGCACACAGAAAGGAAUAUAAUUUUGUUUUGAGUUGAGGUAACUGUGCAUGUAUUUCAAUAAUGUUUCUUGGGGUGAAUGAUGGUAUUCCUAAAAGAAUUCUCAGCCACUCUAAGCAAGUGGUUUUCCUACUAUAUUCUUUAAGUGAAGACAACCCCUUUAUCAGAUAUUAUAUUUAUUAAAUGA